UAAGCCACUCAACAGGCAGCGUUCACACUGUGGACAGCAUUUCACUGGGGGCGAAAACAUUUUGUUUCGCAAACUAAACUUAAGUAUCAGUGUCCAAGAGAUGCAAGACAACUGAACACUGAUCUCUGAAGUUUGGCCGAGUUGAAUUGAACAACUACACAACUCAACAAGCAAAAAGAGAAGAGACGAGACGAGACCAGACAAGUGAUGGAUCACCUACUACUGAGCGGAGACGAGAGCAGCAGCGAAGGCGGCAGCGUUAACGGCCACCCCUACGCCUCCGGCAGCGACAGCCCUAGCCCCAGCCCCAGCUCCAGCUCCAACGCAGGCAGCCCCAGCAACGUAGACGCAGACGCCGACGGCAAGCAGCAGAAGCGAGGUCGGCCCGUGCGCUCCAAGGCCCGACGGGCGGCGGCCAACGUGCGCGAGCGCAAACGCAUCCUGGACUACAACCAGGCCUUCAACGCGCUGCGCCUGGCCCUCAACCACGACCUGGGCGGCAAACGCCUGUCCAAGAUAGCCACCCUGCAGAGGGCCAUCAACCACAUCUCCGCACUCUCCGUCUUCCUGAAUGCAGCCAACAACAACAACAACAUCUCCAACGCCGCCAGCAUACUCUCACGGACGGCUACUCUCUCAGAGCGCUACCAGCCUCCUGUUACGACUACACGUCAUGGGCAUGCAGGAGGGGGUCGUCUGAACCCUGUGGAAGUCGCACAGGAGUUGCUGGAUAUCUGCUCAUCAGAUUCAACGGCGACCACCACCAGCAGCAGAAACAUGUCUUGGCAUCAACCGCUGACGCGCGCUCCAAUCCAGCCACGGCCACAACCACAGCCGCAGACCCAGACUCAGACUCAGAACUCGUUACACAGACUGGCCACCGAGAACCAGAACCAGAACCUGUACAUGGACUACCUAAGGGUCCCGGCCCCAGACGCCUGCUCAAUCUCCCCGCCUUUCCCCUGCUACAACACACAGCAGGAGUCCCUGCUCUGCAGCAACCGAGGAGGAGGAGGAGGUGGAGGAGGAGGAGGAGGAGGGCUUGGAGAUGACUAUGACAGCAUGCUCGGACAGUCGGCUGGCCCUCUCAGGUAUUCUGGUUUGAGUGACAGCUGUCAGUCAACUGCGUGGUCUCUGAGUGGGCAAAGCUACACAGACCCCUACACAGAACCCUACCCAUUCUCUGAACUACCUACGUCUUGGCAAAGGAGCCUCCUCACCGAGCAGACACUGCCACACUAUGUACCCAUGCUAUGA